UGGGGUAUUUGGGGUAUUUUGAGGGGUAUUAGGGGGUAUUUUUGAGGAGUGUUUGUGGGGUGUUACGAGGUAUUUUGGAGUGUUUAGUGGUAUUUGCUGGUGCUUUGGAGUAUUUAGUGGCAUUUGCUGGUGUUUUGGAGUGUUUAGUGGGUCUUUGAGGGUAUUAGGGGUAUUUUGCUGUAUACUUUUGGGUAAAUAUGGUGUAUUCUGAGGGAUAUUUGGGGGUAUUUUUGAGUAUUUGUGGGAUGUAUGGUGGUAUUUUGGAGUAUUUUGUGGUAUUUGCUGGUGUUCUGGAGUGUUUAGUGGUUUUUGAGGGCACUUGGGUAUUUUACUGUAUACGUUUGGGUAAACUGAGCGUGUUUUGGACUAUUUAAGGGGUAUUAUGGUAUACUCGGUGUACUUGGUGGUAUUAAUAAAUAUUUAGAGGGAUUUCUGUGUUGGGCUGUAGGUUUACUGUCGUGUGUGUGUUUGUGUGUUUGUGUGUGUUUACAGAGGGGGGUCACUGUCAGGGUGAAGCCUGUAGCUGGUGGUGACCUCACCCAUUAGUUUAUGUGUUGUUAUGUGCCUUUUCUGCCGGUGUCCAGUAAAGAGCAUUUCUUGCAGCAGAAGCAUGGCUACCCCUGUGUCUUACUCUCUGUUGACAUCACAGUAUUUUGGAAUGGAGUAUGCAGGGGGUGUUUGGGGUAUUGGGGCUGUUUUAGGGUAUUUGAAGGACAUUCAGGGGCAUUCUGUUGGUAAGUAGGAGUACUUACAGGCAUUUUGUGGAUAUUUAGGUGUAUUUAGGCUGUAUUUUGGAUGUUUAGGGGGUAUUUCGGUUGUUUUAGGGAGUAUUUGAGGCCUAUUCUGUUGGUAUUUUGCAAAUAUUUGUGUAGCAUUGGGAGGGUGUGGAGAAUUUAAAGCAGACAAGUUUAAAGGCGUCUUAAAACUCAAAGUCUCUCUCUCUCUCAGUCAGACAGAGUUGUGUUCGCCCACUGCCAGCCAGUGGUGGAACUGCAGGCACACUGAAAGAGAGAGAGAGAGAGGGGGUGGAGUGAGUGGAGGAGGAGGGAGAUGCUGGGGGGUUUGUUAAUAACACAGAGCUGAUAGUGAGAGUGUUGUGAGAGUGUUUGAAGGACUGAGGAGUGUUACAGUGUGAGGGAAGAGCAGAGAGACAGAGAUGGCUCAGUCUGCGCCGCACCUGCAUCUGGCAGAGCUCACCGCCACACAGUUCAUGGACGUGUGGAGACACUUCGACAGCGACGGUAAUGGCUACAUCGAGGGUCAAGAGCUAGAGAACUUUCUUGAGGAGCUCGAGACAACAUGGAAAGGAAUAAGCACAGACCCUGUGAACUUUUCAUUCAAAGGGAGGAUGGAGGAGUUCAUGCAGAAAUUUGACGAGAAUUCUGACGGGAAAAUUGAGAUGUUAGAGCUGGCUCAGAUCCUGCCUACAGAGGAGAACUUCCUGCUGUGUUUCCGACAGUUUGUGGGGUCCAGUGCGGAGUUCAUGUCGGCAUGGAGAAAAUACGACACUGACCGCAGCGGAUACAUCGAGUCCAACGAACUGAAGGGUUUUCUCUCUGAUCUGCUGGAAAAAGCGAACAGAAGCUAUGACGACAAGAAGCUGAAUGAGUACACACACACUAUACUGAAGAUGUUUGACCUGAAUGGAGAUGGAAAACUCGGACUAUCUGAGAUGGCCAGGCUGCUUCCAGUGCAGGAGAACUUUCUGCUGAAGUUUCAGAGAUUCAAAUUGUCCUCCGAUGAGUUCAGUGCCAUCUUCACUUACUAUGACAAGGAUGGGAAUGGCUACAUUGACGAACACGAGCUGGACGCGCUGCUGAAGGACCUCUACCAAAAACACAAAAUGGACUUUGACUCAGAAAGUCUGGCCAGUUCGAAGCAGAGCAUCAUGGCGCUGUCUGACGGAGGGAAGCUUUUCCGCACUGAGCUGGAGAUUGUCCUCUGCAAGGAGCCAACGAUCUGA